GGCUAUGAUGGAGCAAGUAAUAUGCGAGAUGUUGAUUGAUUCAAUUUCUGCUGAUACAAUUGAAACGGGAAUUGGUUUGAAUCAAGAAGCAGUUUUACAACGUCCUGGUGAUACACGUUGGGGAUCUCAUUAUGGUGCACUUGUGAGCAUUCUGAAAUUAUUUUCUCCGGUGAUUGAUGUCCUUGAUGGAAUAAGGCAAGAUCCAAAACAAAGGCUAGAAGCAUUUAGAGUAUUGAAGAAUGUCCUAUGUUUUGAUUUUGUAUUCUUUUUGCACUUAAUGAAGGAUGUUUUAGCAAUUACCAAUGACUUGUCACAGGCAUUACAGAAGAAAGAUCAAAACAUUGUGAAUGCCAUGAGACUAGUUGAUGUCUCAAAACAAAGAUUGCAAAUGAUGAGAGAUGAUGGGUGGGAAGCUCUUUUGCAAGAAGUAUCACUAUUUUGCAACAAGCAUGCAAUUCCUAUACCUAAUAUGGAUGAAGUUUAUGUAGUUCCAGGAAGACAUCGCCGUAAUGUUGAAGAAAUGACUCAUCUUCAUAGGUAUCAAGUUGAAAGAUUUUAUGUGGUCUUAGAUCUACAACUCCAAGAGCUAAACAAUCGUUUCAAUGAGAAGAGUACAGGGUUGCUUUUAUGCGUGACACGUUUUGAUCCAAGGAAUUCAUUUGCUAGGUUUGAUAAGGAUAAGUUAGUUCGAUUGGCACAGUUGUAUCCCAAUAAUUUUUCUGAUAUUGAGCUUGAAUUACUACAUGACCAACUACAAACUUAUUUUGUUGAUGUAAGUUCUGAUCCGGCUUUCUCUAAAUUGGAUGGCAUUCAUGAAUUAGCUCAAAAAAUGGUGGAAACUAGAAGACAUUUGGACUAUACAUUGGUGUAUUUGCUUCUAAAGUUGUCUUUGAUCCUACCGGUUGCAACUGCUAGUGCGGAAAGAGCAUUUUCUGCUAUGAAGUUAUUCAAGACAUCUAUACGCAACCGGAUGGGUGAUGAUUUAUUACAUGAUUGCUUAGUGUCGUAUGUUGAAAAAGAAAUUUUUGAUCAAGUUUCAAAUGAAGCAAUUCUACAACGAUUUCAAAAUAUGAGAGAGCGUAAAGGAGUAUUACCUCGUAGUUCAUAG